AUGCCGCCUAGUCGAGGUGCCACCGGCACUACCACAUCAACGUCCUCAUCCGGCGACUAUCCUCCGCCCGUUGCCCGUACCGAACCGCCGAACUUGACACCGAGGACAACUCCCCCGGAUGCCUCCGCAAUGGUACCCUUUCUUGCUCCGAGUGGCAUCCAAGAUGAAUCAGAUCGAGAUGUUGGGACUAGGCCCGGUGCCGGUAUGGGUAUGGAUCUGGAUACCGACAUGCGCGGGCGUGGGCCAGACGAUUACGCGAUUGAGUCAUUGGCGUCGUCUAUCAUGGAGGAUACAACAGAGGCCACGACCGAAACAUUCUACAUUGGAGACCAACAAGGAAUCGGCUACAUACUCGACAUCGUGGGCGAGCCCGGCGGCAUCUCGCAGCAUUACGGUCUGCCAUACAUGGUCGCUACACACGAUCUGGCACCCCAAGACGUUGCAUACCUCCGAGCCAAGGGCGUCUUCUCGGUCCCCAGUGAGCCGGUCUGCCAAGCUCUCCUGACUGCGUACUUCUACCACGUCCAUCCGAUAUUGCCAGUAGUUGACGCCGCAGGCGUGCUCACAUCGUUCCGCAAUGGUGGAGCUUCUGCGGUCAAUCUUCUUUUGCUGUGGAGUAUGUUUUCUGUGGCGGCUAACUAUGUUGAUAAGACGGUGGUCCGGCAAGCUGGUUACGAAUCGCAUAAGGAGAUGAAGAAGUCCAUGUUCACCCGUGCCAAGUGCUUAUAUGAUAAUGGGUGCGAAGAAGACCGGAUAUCCAUAAUCCAAUCCGUCAGUCUACUGGCUUUCUGGUACUCUGACUUGGGUGAGCGUACAGAAUCGUGGCACUGGAUGGGCAUUGCCAUCAGUCUAUCUCAGACUAUCGGUCUGAACCGGGAUCCGGAUCGUGGCCAGUACAAUACGCGCCUCUCAGACCGGCAGCGCCAGCUUUGGAGGCGUAUCUGGUGGAGCUGCUUCUUCCGUGACCGCUGGCUGAGCCUCGGCAUGGGCCGCCCCAUGCGCAUCAACAUCCGGGACUGCGAUACUCCGAUGCCAUCAGCGGAGGACUUGACAGACGACGUGGACGAGUUGUCGCCCGCGAUUCGGGACAAGUAUAUACCGUCUGACUUCAGCCAGCUCGCCGAUCACUGGGUUGCGCUCCUCCACCUCAGCAAAGCCCUGGGUUCGAUCUUGUCCGAAAACUACUGUCCGACCGGCCCGCUGCCCUCGCGCACCUGGAUUGAGACAACCGAGCUGGAACUUAUGCGUUGCAUGGCGACGGUUGGCGACCGGCCUCCAGGUGCCAGCCCGGCUCUCUCGUUCUAUUCUUAUCACCUGCGGCUUCACUUCAACGCUGCAACGAUUGCCUUGUGGCGCCCCUAUUCCAACAGGGUCGCAUCGGGGUUCCCCUUCGAGAAGGAGGGCACCUGGUUCGCAGCCGUGAACCAGAAGAUCCGCACAGCCGCCGCGAAUUCGAAUACUAUGUUGGACAAGAUCAUCAGUGAUCAACUUAUCGGCCACAUAGGUCCCAUGACCGUACCGGUGCUCGUGCCGGCCAUGAACAGCCACCUCCUCGAGUCCAAGUCGACCGACCCGCUCAUAAGGCAGUCGAGCCUCAACAAGCUCGACCUCUUCAUGAUGGUGCUGAAGAAGAUCCAGGACGUGUACUCCUCGGCGACCUUCAUCCACGGCCUGUUUCUGCAGGCCAUCGAGAAGCUGAACUCGCCGCAAUACUCGGCUGCGAGUACGCCCCAGCGCUUUUCGCUGGCGGAGAACUCGGCGGCUGCGGCGGCGGCUGGUGAUUCGGGCAUGCCUAUGGACACCUUCUGGCAGAUUGACGACCGCAUUUCGGAGUUUUGGGAUUCAAUGCCUGUUUUUGGUGGGACUGGGACUGACGUGAAUGGGAGCCCGGCUCAACGAUGA